ACUAAGUUGGGUGGAAUCUUUGAAGCCCUUCCUCCCGAGGAGAAGCCCGAAUAUGGGAUGGUUAUCAAAAAGGAAAAGCCAAAAGAUGACGAGAUGUUCCAUUGCAAGUGCAAUCCUGAAAGGGUUGUGACUUUAGGAAGAAUAUUGAGUGCUGAGCCAAAGAAGGCAGUGACGAAUAUUGGAUUUGGUGCUAUGUUGGAUUUGAAGAUGGACUGUGUGAUGAGCAAGUUAGCUAGGUGGUUAGUUGAUCAGAUUGACGAUGGCGAGAGGGUACUUAUUGUGGGUACCACCAUCAUAGAAUUGAAGUCGUAUCUUUUCGAGCAUGUUAUAGGGAUUAGGGAUGACAAUACCCUUAUCAAACUGCCUGAGAAGAAUCACUACAACCCUUACCAUGAUUUUAUUUUCAACAUUCAUAAGAAAGCCACUACCAUCGAUGAAUUGGAGAAAGUAAUUGAACGGAGCAAGACAACAGACAAGCUCUUUCUCAUGCGUUACAUAUUUGUCGUAAUUGCGGCCGUUCUUUGUCCAACGUCGGGAAAUCGUGUUAAGAAAGCAUACCAAUCCAUUGUCUACAAUGUGGAGUCUAUUAAGAAUUUCAAUAGGGUGACACACACUCUCAACUUUCUUUGUGAGCAGAUUCAACGUUUGAAGCAGGGAGAGAUUCAUUACAUACCCGAUUGUUCGCUCUUCCUACAGUUAAUGUUCAUGGAUAGAGCUUUGUGGCCUCGUGGGCAGAUAGAUAGGAGUAUCCCCCCGAUUGCACUUUGGGAUAAGACCACUAUGAAGAAAUUUGCGCUUUUCAUUGACCGUAAAUGAGGUUAUGAGACUACCGAGAUGUUACCUUUACCACCACCCAAUACCAAAAAAGCUCCCAUUGUUAUGCCCUCUAAAGGUGUUCGAGAAGCUCCCACUGCUAUGCAUUCUAAAGAAGUUCAAGAAGCUCUCACCGCUAUGCAUUCUAAAGGAGUUCGAGAAGUUCCGACUGCUAUGCCUUCCAAAGGAGUUCAAGAAGAACCUAGGGCCCCCAGUGGGACUUGUAUUUUAAAAUAGUGCUGGAAUUGCUAAUCAAGUCAUUUGGACAUAAAUGUGUUACUAAGGUUAAUUAACGGAUUAGGGUUAAAUGAUUUUGAUCGUGGAAAUAGCUAUUUUCAUUAAAAAGUUUGAGUCUAUACAUGGGAUCCCAAAAUAAGUGUUUACAAGGCA